UUGAAUUAAAGAAUUCCACAAAUUAGAAUCUUCCACGCGCAAUGGCUCUUAUGAAGAUCUGAUUUGCAAUUGCAAUUGCAACACUCUGAUUACUUUGGUCCCUUUUUCAUUCCUAAUAUGGAGAGAUUCUCUGUAUUUGUUACUACCUCUGUGUUCUGUCUCCUUCUCCUGAUGUCCCAACCUGCUUCAUCAGAAGAUGAUUCCAAAGCACUUCUUGCGCUCAAAUCCUCCAUUGAUGUUCUCAACAAGCUUCCAUGGCGAGGAGGAAGCGAUGUUUGCACAUGGUUAGGAGUCAAAGAUUGCUUCAACGGAAGGGUUAGAAAGCUAGUUCUCGAAAGCUCAAACUUAACCGGUGCUCUGGAAUCGAAGAUCUUGAACCGUUUGGAUCAACUUCGAGUACUCAGCUUCAAAGGAAACUCACUCUCUGGUCAAAUCCCUGACCUCUCUGCCUUGGUUAAUCUCAAAUCCAUAUACCUCAACGACAACAACUUCUCCGGCAAAUUCCCCGCCUCUGUUUCCCUCCUUCAUCGUGUCAAGGUCAUCGUUUUAUCCGGGAACAGAAUCUCCGGCGACAUUCCUCCGUCGGUGCUCAAGCUCCGGCGACUCUACAUUCUCUACUUGCAAGACAACUUGUUCACGGGACCUAUCCCCGGUUUCAAUCAAACCGGCCUAAGGUACCUGAAUGUCUCCAACAACCAACUCUCCGGCGAGAUCCCGGUGACUCCGGCAUUGAUCCGAUUCAAUGCGUCGUCGUUUUCGGGAAACCCUGGGCUCUGCGGCGAACAGAUCCACCGGACAUGCAACUUGUUGCCGCCGCCGCCGUCGAUAAGCCCAAGUUAUCCCAUGAAACAACCAGGAGGGAACACGACAUCAUCGAACCGCACGAAACUGAUUAAGAUAAUUGGAGGGAGUGUCGGUGGGGUUGUUUUGGUUCUAAUAUGCUUGCUUCUUCUGCUGUUGGCGAAUCGCAGGAACCGUAGGAAAAGGGUGGGUUCUGGAUCGAGGACUAAAUGCGGUGACGUGGCAGAAGAAGGGGAGGAUCAUGCAAUAGCAAUUGUGGAAGGAGGCGAUGGCAGAGGCGGUAAUAACGAGGGGAAACAAGGGGGUUUUGCAUGGGAAAGUGAGGGUCUAGGGAAGUUGGUGUUCUGCGGAACAGGGGAUCGGGAGAUGAGUUAUGGUUUGGAGGAUUUGCUGAAGGCUUCGGCUGAGACUUUGGGGAGGGGUAUUAUGGGAAGUACGUAUAAGGCAGUGAUGGAGUCAGGGUUCAUAGUUACUGUGAAGAGAUUAAAAGAUGCAAGGUACCCUGGGUUGGAUGAGUUUAGGGCACACAUUGAGAUCCUUGGGAGGCUUAGGCACCCUAACUUGGUCCCACUUAGGGCUUAUUUCCAGGCUAAGGAGGAACGUCUUCUUGUUUAUGAUUACUUUCCAAAUGGCAGCCUCUUUUCUCUAAUUCACGGAUCAAAAACAUCUGGCGGGGGAAAGCCUCUUCACUGGACAUCCUGCCUUAAAAUUGCGGAAGAUCUAGCAACUGGCAUGCUCUAUAUCCACCAGAACCCAGGCUUGACUCAUGGAAACCUUAAAUCUUCAAAUGUGUUGUUGGGUUCUGACUUUGAAUCCUGUCUUACUGAUUAUGGUCUCACUAUGUUCCUUAAUCCUGACUCAUUGGAAGAGACAAGUGCCACUUCUUUAUUCUAUAGAGCACCUGAAUGCCGCAGCUUUCAUAGGUCACAAACUCAACCAGCUGAUGUAUACAGCUUUGGGGUACUUAUCCUUGAACUUUUAACUGGCAAAACACCCUUCCAAGACCUUGUUCAGGCACAUGGCUCAGAUAUACCAAAGUGGGUUCGGUCAGUGCGUGAAGAAGAGACAGAGUCAGGGGAUGAUCCUUCCUCAGGAAAUGAAGCAUCAGAAGAGAAGCUUCAGGCUCUUUUGAACAUUGCAAUGGCAUGUGUUUCACUAGUACCGGAGAAUAGGCCUACAAUGAAGGAAGUUUUAAAAAUGAUAAGAGAUGCAAGAGGGGAAGCUCAUGUCUCAUCUAAUAGUAGUGAUCAUUCACCUGGUAGAUGGUCAGAUACUGUUCAAGGCUUUCCAAGGGAAGAACACCUGAGCAUAUGAUUGGUAACUUUUUGACUGGUCAAUAGUCACAACUAUAUAUGCAUUUUGAUUUUUCAUGAAUUGGUUAUUUAUUAUUCCACGCAUAACUAGGUGAUACGAAACUCAUGCUGUAAAGGCCUAGAUUCUUGAUCUCUUGUCUUGUGAGUAUAUGCAGUUUAGAGGUAAU